AUGCGCGAUCCAUCAAAACAAAGUAAAGAAUAUAUUCAAGGGGUUAAUGAGUUUCUUGAAUUUGCUUUUCAAAGUUCAAAAAACAAAACAAAAAUAUUGUGCCCUUGUACAAUAUGUGCCAACUGUCACGAACAGUCUCGCACAAGUGUCCGCGAACACUUAACUGAUCCACGACGUGGAUUUCUUAUAGGUUAUAAGCAAUGGAUAUUUCAUGGUGAGAAACCUUCAAGUAGCACAACUGAACAUGUAGAAAUGGAACAUGACAUGGACGGAUUAAUUCAUGAUGUUUUUGGAGUUCAUUUGAUGGAAGAACCGACUUUUGGUGAAGGUGAAAGAAAUCCAGAAGUUGGAGAAAGCUCUAAGUUCGAAGAAAACAUAAAGUUUUAUCAAUUGGUGGAGGAUAAUGAGAAAAGGCUCUAUCCAAAUUGUAAGAAGUAUAGCAAGCUCUCAUUUAUGGUACAUUUGUAUCAUUUAAAGUGUCUUCAUGGAUGGAGUGACAAGUCAUUCUCUAUGUUGCUAGAUUUACUAAGAGAUGCUUUACCGGAGGAAAAUGUUUUGCCGAAGUCAUACUAUGAAACAAAGAAGAUGAUUUCAGCGUUAGGUUUGGGUUAUGAGAAGAUCCAUGCGUGUCCUAAUGAUUGCAUAUUAUAUCGAAAUAAAUAUGUCAAUGAUCAAGUAUGUCCAAAGUGUGGUACGUCAAGGUGGAAAACAACAAAUGGAGAUGUACCAGCUAACGAAAUGGGGACUUCUGAAAAGAGAAAGAACUUACCUGCAAAAAUCCUUCGAUGGUUUCCAUUGAAACCAAGGCUACAAAGAUUGUUCAUGUCCUCUGAAGUUGCUGAAUCGAUGAGAUGGCACCAAGAUGGUAGAUUGAAUGAUGGUUCUCUUAGACAUCCAGCUGACUCGCUUGCUUGGAAGGAGUUUGAUGCUCGAUAUCCGACAUUUUCGUCAGAUCCUCGUAAUGUUCGACUAGGAUUGGCUUCUGAUGGGUUCAAUCCUUUCAAGACUAUGAGUAUUUCUCACAGCACUUGGCCAGUCAUUCUCAUUCCUUAUAAUCUUCCUCCUUGGAUGUGCAUGAAACAAUCAUUCUUCAUGGUAUCAUUACUAAUUCCUGGUCCUAAAAGUCCUGGAAAUAACAUUGAUAUUUAUCUACAACCAUUAGUAGAAGAGUUGCAAGAUUUAUGGAACGAUGGAAUUGAAACUUAUGAUGCCUACAAGAGAGACAAAUUUCAACUUCGUGCUGCUGUCAAUAUGCAUGUCCAUGUUGUGGUAUUGAAACUAACUCACGAUGGUUAA